AUGGCCGCCACCGUUACAGUCGUCUUCCCCAACGUCCCCGACGCCAAAUACAAUAUCGACUACUACCUAACCAAGCAUAUGCCCUUAAUCAAAGAGCGCUGGGCUAAAUACGGCAUCAUAAGCUGGUCAGCCACAAAGUUUAUCGACGGAUUAGACGGGUCGCCUUCUCUCUACGCCUUUGGAUCUGUCGUCACCUGGGACAAUGUAGAGCAGGUUAAGACGGCAUUUGCUGGACCGGAGGUGGGGGAGAUUAUGGCAGAUGUUUCAGACUUUAGCAACAAGGAUGCCAUCUUCUUGAUCGGGGAGGUUCUGCGCUGA